AUGAACACUGUUCAUGUUGCUAGAAUCAUACGUAAGCGUGGUGACGUGGACGAAGACACCAACGAGAUCGGUGACAAAAGACCACGACUUGAACCACCACUACGAGUUCCCACCAAUCCAUUACCACCCCUACAACGACCACCCUAUUUGGACAUUUCAAUAGACGGCGGGGCCCAAUCUGAUUCUGACGACUCGCUGCUACCCUUAAGACCUCUUGCUGCUGCUGGGGAUCCUGCCGGAAUCCGAGUGGUUUCGAGUGGCUGCUUUGACUUCGCCCCACAGGCUGGCCCGCAUAGGCCCAUUGGGGAAGACGAGCAGUUGACGAGAGGCCACGAAGACUUCCACCUUCCCCAUGCAAUGUCUGACUCUGUCAUGCAGCCAUGUGACGAUGCCGGUUCCGUUGAUUGUGUACAUGCCGCUCGCUCUAGUCAAAGACCCCUACCUGAACUCUGCCUCAAACUUCGGGUUACCCGAAUCGGCUACUUACUCUGCUCUUCUGUUUGUGCUACUCUUUCGACGUGGGGCUUAGAGACUUCAAGCCUCUGCCAGAUAUCCCAUACCGUCAAGCUGGGGGAUGGCGAGCUCCGGGAUGUUCACCAAGCACUAGAAGUACCGGUCGUGUUGAGAGAUCUAGAUAACUCGCCUGUUAUUGAUGAUAUUGUCUCCGUCCGUGUACUAGAGUCGGUCACCAGACAGCCCUUCUUGCUUAUUGGGCGUGACUUGAUUCAAGCUUGGGAUUUACGGGUAUUUGGAGCGUCGAAGGUCACUACUGCUACAGGCAAGCUGUUGUUCUCAUCGCUACCUGCUGAUCAACUGGCCUUGUCAACCGAGUUCAUCUAUGAUGUGAACAGCCUCCUCAAUGUCGACGAUACCUUCAAGGAAACAACUUGCACAACUUCGGUGGCGGUGCAACCAGAUCCAGCUGUCAUUGCCUUCGAGACUCAGCUCGAGCCUACCAUUGCCGAUGAGUUACGCCUUUGGCUUGCGAACCUUGCCAGGAGAAGCAAGCGACAAUUUGGCAGUGCUGAAUCUGGAUCCUAUGGUAUACAACUGCACUUCUUACCGAGCAAUGCGCCCAAGGAUACUACCCUGCAGACCCAUUAUUCCGAGCUAUCCAUUCCCGAGCCCAAGAGUCCCACCAUCGUGCACCGGUGUGUCGAGUGA